AUGCUGAUGCUGCUGUUGUCACUGUCACUGUCACUGUCACUGCUGCUGCUGCUGUUGUGUGCUGAAGGUGCCCUACUGCAGGUGCUCAACCGCCAAUCCUCUUUCCUCGCCUGUCACUACCACACCUGGGCACUCUCUUUGCUCUCGCUCACCUCACCCGCUUUGCACGCACCCACGCACGCACGCACUGGCUCACACACUCACAUACACACGCACUCAUACAAGCCUUCUGAGCUCCUCCUCGUCGACGGCAAGGUCCCUGUUGUGUCGUCGUCGUCCUGCUCACCACUCCGCCAUCACCGCUCCGCUCUUGAGAGCUCUCUCUCUCUCGCCCAUCACCGCUCGCCCAGCAUGGCGGCCGCACCUACAAUCAUGAUUCAACAAAUCGAACAUCCCGAGGAGGUUGCGUCAAAGGUCAUGAAAAGAGUUCAGGUCUCCAAGAUGACUCGAGCUCUGCAAGAUCGACUCGCACUCGCCAAUGUCAAAUGUCAAAACGGCUGGCAGAACCUCAGCUUGGAUGUCAUUGAGCCACAGGUGGAGGAAAGGAUCAGGAGAAAGAGACCGGCUUCGAGUAACGAUACCAUAUCAGAUUCCGCCUCUACCACCUCGAGUCGAUUUCAUUCGAGCGCCGGCCUGGCCUCCUCUCCUCUCACAGAACCCAUGUUCUCGGAUCAGAUUCUGCCAUCGAGCAGCACACGCUCCAAACGACUUCGUCCGGCGGAGCUACCACGAUAUCCGGCCAGCGGAGCCAUCACCGGCCAUCGUACCCGCUCCGCACGACGACCGUCAUGGAAGCGAAGUCACCAAUUACCUCAAUCCUCCCCUAUCAAACCUACUCGCCAUCAACAGCACUCGCGGAUCGUCUCCUCCGCCAACGUUUCACAAUUCUCUUUCAUGUCAACCGCAUCCACUCGCAUCGAUGAAACGCCGUCACCGGAACUCAGCGAGGAGGACGACACCGAUCUUCCUCUGACUAGUUUCCAACUUCUGCCUUCUACAGGCUCAUUUAGCUUCGAUGCCUUUGAGAGUUUCAAAGGACCCACACACGUCACAUCCUCACCACCUCGCACACCACCACAGGACCGCCGCAUGCGGAAGAGUCACAACAUAUCUUGGUCACGGACACCUCGGCAUGGCGAAGAAGGAGCAGAUCUCUUGCUCUACCUUGCCAAAUCUCCCAAGGCCCCGUACGGAAGCGGCGCCGAGACCGUCCGACCGAGAAAGUCGACGACCAUCUUCGAUCGCAAUGCGAGCUUUAGCUUCAAGCCUCAACAAUCCCAACCCGAACAACAACCCGCACCAGUCGUCGAGCCUCCAGAACCUCCACGCACACCACCUUGUCGCUCGACGCCACUCCCCUCAUCACAUAUGACCCCCAGCAACCACUACAACGGCAGCGGCACCGCCCUCGGCUUCGGCUCCAUGACCCCCGGACCGUUCGGCCUCGGCGGCAACCUCCCCCAGACCCCCGGCACGUCCUUCAACUUUGCCGACUUCGUCACCAUGAGCCCCAGCCCGGCCCAACCCAACUGGAACACCGCCGCCGCGACUCGCACACCUAUGGCCGGAUUCGGUCAAACGCCCGGUUCGUCCGCAAGGCGGAGAUUGAAUUUCGAUCGGACACCCGUCUUGGGAGGAAUCCGCAUGCUCGAUGAUGGCGGCGGCGGCGGCGGGGGAGGGUUCGGUGGGUUGGGGAUGGAGUUAGGUGGGGAGUUGCUCCCUUGAGCAAGAACGGCCCUUUGUUUUCUUUGGCGUAUUCCUCUGCCACGUUUCCUCUUUCUUUUCUUCUUUUGGUCCGGCUCAUCUUACACCUUUUUGGACACUUUUUGGGGGAACGAACGAAAGAGCGAGAAGAAAGAGAGAGAAAGGAUCCUCUCACCACCGCCGUGUCGGGGGACAGAUCCGCCCCACACACACGCACACCCAUCACACCACACAGAGAGACCCGAACGCUGUUAUAUAUCCCCCUUUUCUGCCCACCGAGGCGAAUCCUGUUUUCCGAGAACGC